AUGACAAGGCAUUCCAAAAAUAAUACUUCAGCGUCCGUUUUUUCCUAUUCAGAGCGAUCGAAGCUUGCAUAUGGAACCAUUGAGAGGCGACAUACCCGAGACACAGUAAAAAAAUUUGAUGCUUGCUAUUUAUGUUUCUUAACAGCAAUUGACCCGGUUUGCUGCAGUGAAGGGCAUCUUUCAUGUAGGGAAUGCAUUAUAUCUACGCUCCUUUCACAAAAAAACUCGUCCAAAGAACUAGCGAACAAAAAGGCUGCUCUGGAAAAAAGAGCUGCCGAAUUGGAUGCGGAAGAGGCUCGCAAAGACGCUCUUCAGAAAGAGCAAAUGUUUAUCCGUGCAACCGAAGGGAAAAUCAACCCCCAACGAACAGACUCUUCUGGCAUGGCUAACGCUUUAGCCUUGUCAAGCUCGUGUUCUUUUUGGAUCCCUGAAAAGGCCCCGAAUUUUUCUCUACUUGAAGGCGGAAAAGCCCUGAAAGCACCCCCAAGCAAGACAAGUUGUUUUGGCGGAUUCUCUCCCCAUUCAAUCACGUUAAGGUCGUUAAUAACCUUGAAUUUUACCGCAAAAAUAUCCUCCUCCUCCUCCUCCUCCUCCUCCUCCUCGUCAAGUGAUGAGGAAAAGAUUUGUCCCAUAUGUCUUCGGUCUUUGAACAACAAUUUUCAACUAUUGGUCUUCAAGAGCUGUGGCCAUGUCCUAUGCAACGAGUGCGUUCACUUGUCUACUCCGGAACAGAAAAAAUGCAUCGCUUGUGGGGAAGAUUCGUCGCAACUGAUCCGCCUUUCGAAAGAUGGAACCGGCUUUGCCUCCGGAGGCGGCCAGGUCCUAAUCCGCAAAUACGAUCUGCCAUUCCAAUAG